AUGAGUGGUGCCAGUGGACAGAACUCCAAUUGGGUGACGCCUCAGCCUUCACCAGGACCAAUUCCUGACUCCACUUAUAUGUCGCAGACACAACAAACGCAUUCACAGCAGCAACAACAACAUCAAUCACUUAUCUCCAAUCCUUUAGAAGCGAAUGGAAAUGCUCCUCUUGGACAUCAGCAGUUUCCUGGAUCAUCUGGUCUUUCUAAUAGUGGUUACACUUCACUCCCGCUUGCCCAAUCUGAUGGCUUACUUCAUCCACUUUCCAGCCUCGUGCCUGGUUGUCCAGGCGCCUCUGGGCUGGGAAAAGUAGCUCGUGGUAACGCGCGAACUGGAACGGCCGUUCUCCCCAUAACCGGAUCUAUGGCAAGUAGUGCCAAUGGCACUCCUGCCAAGGCGCCAGGAGGCCGCGGUUCACGAGGUGGCCGAGCCACUGGUGGUUCGUCUACUGGUAGUGGGGCCAGUGGUACUGCUAAAAGUCGCAGAGGUCGCGGUGGAGCUGCAGCAGCAGCGGCAGCAGCAGCUGCUGCUGCUGCUUCGGCAGCAGCAACGUCGGGCACAACUCCUGGGCUCAUUUCUCCUCCACCCACGCCUGGCAUCCCUGGAUCUCAGCAUCACCAGUCCCAACAACAACAACUGUCCAGCAUGCUAAUUUCUUCUACAAAUAACCACUUUCAUGCGCGUCAACAGAGCCAUCAGGCCACUGGAGACCUGGUAAUCUCCCCAACAGGUCAGAUGGUCUCGCUGUCCAGUUCCAUGAUCACCUCUUCUUCAGUUAUAAGCUCUACAUCUGCGAACUCUUCAAUUUCCAGUUCUCUCAUUUCAUCUGGCGCCUUUGUUCCGUCCAGAUUACCGCCUUCGGUUAUUGGUGAUGUAAUGCUUGUAACUCCUGCCAACACCAGUCGUGGGCUUGCCACUCCAAAUGUAAGCACUCAUGCUGUUACGACCAGCAGCAUGAUGCUGAUUCACCCGCUGUCCACAAGUAUUGACACUACCUGCAGUGUCUCAUCUACGAUUGCUUCUACUUCGACUAGUUCUGCGAUUACUCCCUUUUCAGUAUCUAGUCUCCCUGGGGAUCCACUUCCUCUUCCUGCAGAAUCAAGCGUUGCACUGAUUGAUGAUCUCUCCACCACUAUCACGAUCUCAGGGAGCCCUUCUCCAACCGCUGCCUCUAACAACAAUUCUAUCACCAGUCAAUCUUCAUUAUCUGGUAUUUGGUAUCCAGGCCAGCAGGCAACUACUCUUCUUGGCUCUAGCACACCAUCUAGCCUUGCUCCCUCUUCUUUAUCUGUGAGUGGUUUGGCUUCAAACUCCCCGGCCAUCACAGCCUCUACCGGACCAUCGGUUUAUAUGCCCAGUUAUUCUCAAAUUCCAGCAAUCCCUGGAGUUAACAUGACUUCGAUGUGUCGACCUCCAGCUACUGUUCACAAUCACUCCAUUCCUCUACCACAGCAGAGCGAACUUGCCUUUGGAAUGAUGGGAUCUGGGUCUUCUGGGCUUACUCUCUCUUCAUCAGCCGUAGCUCCCGGUACUGAGGGAUCCAGCGUCGGGGCAUCUGGCGUCACUUUUUCUAACGCAUCCACGACAUCGGCCAACAGCAGCUGCAGUAGCGGCAGUCCUCUUUGCCAGAUAACUGCUGCCGCGUCAGCUUCAAUGUUAGCCGAAAUAUCCACUGAUCCACUUUCAGGACCCGAAGCCCCUGGAGGAGGUGAUACCCCACAGCGUAUUGCAUCUGCUUCCUCAGCACCCAUUGUCUCUUCAACUUCCGCUACUUCAGCUUGCCUCGGAGCUGCCAACGUCGGGCUGGACUUUCUUCUCUCGGAAGAGUUGCCUAUGGUUUCUCUUCCAUCAGGCGAGGAAACCAUGCUUAGCCCUGAUGGCCAAAAACAGUCCCGAGACCAGAUAGGCUCAGAAAAUAAGCCGGAACUAUCUUACCCGGUAGUUCAGGUGGUCACCAAACCUGAACCGGAAGAACAAGUGAAUUGCUUGGCUCAUGGAAACCUGAAGCGACCAGCCAGCCUUGGUCUGGGCAACUUCGAGAUGUCUUCUUCUGACAGCCUAAAAACUGCUUGUGAGGAUAAAAUACGCUGUAAUUCGAUCAAAGAACAAGUGCUUGAUCAGGCCGGAAUACCAGAAGAUGAAGAGGACCCCAGUCUUAGACUUUCUGCGAAGCGAGCUCGCCUUAAGAGUCCUGAGGACUCUGGCGUUGGUGCCACUAGUCAGCAGCGUAUGGGACAACAUCAGAAGCUUGGAUCUUUUUUGAUUGUCGACAGUCGGCACGAGGAUGAAAUAAAGUUGGCACGGAACGAAAUGAAUCACUGCCUUGACUAUUCCGAAUCAUCAUCAGCCGCAGCCACGGUUAGUAUGCUUGCCAAUUCCACAGCUGUUUGUGUUGACGAUGAUAUGGACAACUUCCUGAAGGCAGAUCUUUUUGCACUUAGCUCCUCGUCGACCACCAAUUCUAAUUUUGCAACUGUCACUACCACUUCGCGCCUCUUACCUGCUGCAUCAGUUAACCGUUCUGUACUACCCUCCGGCUCUUCGACAUCCAUUGUGUCUCCGCAUUCAUCUGGUGGACUAAAAAACGCUAAUGAUCGACCUACCAAGUUGGGGCCAAUCGAAACGAGAACGCUCCAGGAUCAAGAGGAAGUUAGUGACGCUGGUGAUGAUGACCUUGAUGACGAGGAACGGAUUCGCCGAGCCACCGCAGCUUCUUUGAACGAUUUGAAGGCUGUUAUGUCUGCUGAGGAAGACGCAGUGGUUAUUGCCGCUGCAGCCUCGAGGCUGUGUGAUCCACCUGGAAUUUGUCCUGCAAUUGUCACCCAACCCUACGGCCCACCAGCCAACCAACCCGGGAAAGUCAAUUUCUCCUGCAAUCUCUCCCUUGCCCAAUGA